UUGAUGCGCCUCACAUCACCUCACAUACAUGCUGGACGUUUUACUCUCCUUUAUAUUCACGCUACAUUUAUUCACCUCAGGAGGAAAGGAGUUGGAUUAACAGCUGUUGAGGGCCUCUCGGUUAGUUAUUGUCACGCCUAAAUCAUGAUUCCACCUGGAGACUGUAUGUACGCCGGAAGAAAGAGAAGAAAGCCCAUUCAGAAACAAAAGCCAACAGCAGCGAACCAGAAGUCAAACCCAUCCAAGCGACACAGGGACAGAUUAAAUGCCGAGUUGGACCGGUUGGCCAGCCUCCUGCCCUUCACACCGGACGUCAUCUCCAAACUGGACAAGCUCUCUGUGCUGCGCCUGAGUGUGAGCUACCUACGGGUCAAGAGCUUCUUUCAGGCUAUUCAAGAGAAAUCGAGUAGAAAGCAAAACACAGCAGUUUGCAGCCCAGAGCCCAAGAAACCCAACCUAGAAAACAGCAUUGUUGAGAGUGAUCUACUUGAGUCUCUGACAGGGUUCGCACUGAUUGUGAGUACAGAUGGAGUCAUCUUCUAUGCCUCGUCUUCAAUUGUAGACUACCUGGGCUUCCAUCAGACGGAUGUGAUGCACCAGAAUGUGUUUGAUUACAUCCAUGUGGAUGAGAGGCAGGAGUUUAGAAGACAGCUCCACUGGGCCAUGCACCCCUCUCAGCAGGACCACCACACUCCCUCAGGAUCUGAUGAAGACUAUCUGCUGAGAAAUCUAUUCAACGCUCAGGAGUCCGACGGAGUUCCUCCUGAACUUUCUCCUUUCCUCACUCGCUGCUUCAUCACCCGGAUGCGCUGCCUUCUCGACAGCAAGUCCGGCUUUCUGAGGAUGCAGUUUCAGGGCAGUCUGAAAUUCCUGCAUGGUCAGAAGAGGAGGAGUAAGUCUGGAGCUCCGAUGCCACCUCAACUAGCUCUGUUCUGUGUAGCCGUGCCCCUUGUGCUACCCUCCAUCACGGAGCUCAAAAUCAAGGGUUUGAUGAUGAAGAGUAAACAGAGAGCCUCCAUCAGUGAAAAAAGGCAUCAGGUCUCGCAUGGCUCUUGUGACUCAAGCGACAUGCUGAUGUUUAACUCCAAAGAAACCUGGCACACCGGUUCAUGGGAGGCCCUUAAUAAAGAAGGCACCCAGUACAAUACAGAAAGCUUCUACAGCCAGGAUGAACCCCUCAACUUCUGCCUGUCCUCCGGGGGGGUCCAUAAAGCACAGACUCCACACGCUACCUGGGACGAGCGCUGCCCCUCUGCCUCGUACGCGCCUCCCACUGGCUACUUCAACAGCAAGAUGGGCAAGCAGGUUCAGUCCGGGAAAUUUCGCUUUUCCCCUGGUUGCCCUGCAAUUGUGUCUCAGAGCAAGCAGUACGGGCACGCCAACAAGGACGGGUAUUGUGGGAACGGGAAGAGUGAGAGUGAAUACAUGGCACAUAAUAACUGUUACAGCGGCCUCCUUCUGCCUGAGACUGCCAUCAAAACGGAGCAGGACUCUGAUUCGGAGAACGGCUGCGGCGUCUACGGCACAAAUCAUAACGGCAUCUGGCGCUACAACAUGACGUACCCUGACACACAGCAAAUUAAAACGGAGACAGACUACGAUGAUCUUUAUAGCAGGCCGGGCGUCAGUCAGCCUAUCAACGGACACCACAAAUAUCUCUACACGGGCACCAGCAAACCACUUAAAUGUGUCCUCAACAAAGACAUGAAUCAUUCAGAUCCUGCAGGGCACCAGGGUGCCAACUGCCACCUGUACCUCAACAGCUCCGCCGAGCCCAAAACGUUCAUGCAGCCGGACUACAAAAUGAGCUACGAGGUGAGGAAUCACAGUCUCCUCCACUCCAUCAAAAGAGAGCCGGUGGAGUCGAUGCUCUGGACUGACUGUGGGCACGAUCUUCCUCAAGACCAGAUCGACAGAAAUGUGCCGAACUGUGCAAUAAACACAAUAGUGCACAAAAACGGCGCCUAUUUGUACAUGCAAUAACGUCACGAGUCGAGGGAACCUCUGUGCUACCUUUUCAGGUUAACUGCUCAGGUAUAUCCCUUUUUAGAGGCCGGUGUCUCAAAGGGGGUCCUUCAACAUUUUGGCACUUUUGAACGUAGAAAACCUGUUUGGUGUGGGAGUUUA